AUGUGGGUUAAGGUGAAACAACCCGCAGACGACGUUCCUCCCGCGACAAUGACCUCGGAGGCGGUUCCUCACACUGUAACCGUCAAUGAUUCCGCAAGGCAACUCCCGCAGCAGUUACCGAGUACAAUAUUUGCAAUACCUUUUCCCAAGCCAGUACAGCACAACGCAAACGACGAAGAGCCGGUGCCCUUUUUACUCUACACGUUCCCGCGUUCGGUGUACGAGAAGCCGCCAAAAGAUCCGGUGACUGGCAAGCGCGGGAAGGAAAAGCUAGUGAAGAAGUUCGAACGGAAGUGGCAAGAGGAGGUCAAAGAAGGCCGUGAUAUCAAAAGAGGUCAACACAAAGCCGCCGGAAGGCUCAAGAGAGCCAAAGGCGCUAUCGCCAGAGUUGCAGCUUCAACCAUCCAAUGGCUGCCCAACAAUGUGAUGGAAGUUCUGGCUAGGCUACCACCUCCCAAAAAGAUAGGAAAAGUUUCGAUUAUUUAUCCGGAGUCAGUAGAUAUGCCUUGGUUCAACACGACCAAUUUAUCCAAACCUCAGAUACAGAAACGCUUUUGGGACCUCCUGAUGGAAGCCAAAAAGAGCGCAAAAACAAAGAUCGCACUGUCCGGAUUUCUGUUGCCGGUCACUCUGGCCAUUGAUAUACUGGUCAUUGUCCCAUUGUUCAUAUUCGAGAUCAACUUGGCUUACUUUGUCACUCAGCUAAACGGCUCCAGAAAAACUAAACAUUUCGCCGAGGCGAACAAGCAAGCCCAACAGGCGGCUUCACACGGCGAGGAGAUGGAUUCGGUUUUUGAAUUCAAGGCCAGCCCAGCGGAUCGGUUCACUGAAACAAUGAAACAUCUUUAUACAAUUUCAUCGACCAUUGAUCCGAUCAAGUUUCCGCUACAUGCAGAUCUGCCACCACCCAAUUAUACGCCUAGGAAGGAGAUUGCAGCCGAGUUGAUCCACAUGUUUCAAGAAUCACUCGAUCCUGAUGUGCUUGCUCGACAUAACUUGGAUGAGGAAUUGGUCGCCCUUGAUCUCGAUCGUGCAUUGAGGAAAGGGGCCAAGGAAUACGUGAAGAAACUGAAGUGA